AUGGCUAGGAGUGCACAUUUUAAAUUUUGUCCGCGCCUUCUUUGCAGUCAGUGUGCAAUUAUGGGAAUGGGGAAGAAACGAGUGGUUUACUUUUAUAAUCCUGAUGCUGGCAACUUUCACUAUGGACCCAAUCAUCCGAUGAAACCUCAUCGAAUUACACUUGCGCACACGCUUGUACUUGGUUACGGUCUCACACAACAUAUGCAGAUUUAUAAAGCCCCGAAAGCUAGUAUGAAAGACAUGAUGGCGUUUCAUACGUUAGAAUAUCUGGAAUUUCUUCGGGAUGUAAAACCGUCGAACGUAAAUGAGUUUCCGAAAGAGAAAUUGCUGGGUUAUAAUGUGGGGGAGGAUUGUCCUAUAUUCGAGGGGAUAUAUAAUUUCUGCUCUCUCUACACUGGGGCAUCCCUAAUGGGUGCAAGAUAUCUAAACGAUGGAUUUACAGACAUCGCCAUUAAUUGGGCCGGUGGCCUCCAUCACGCUAAAAAGUUUGAAGCAUCCGGUUUCUGCUAUGUCAAUGAUAUUGUCAUCGCAAUUCUCCAACUUUUAAAGUACCACCCUCGUGUUCUUUAUAUUGACAUUGACGUUCAUCAUGGUGACGGAGUCCAGGAAGCAUUUUACUUGACGGAUCGAGUCAUGACAGUUUCAUUUCAUCGAUUUGGAAAUUUCUUCUUCCCGGGUACAGGCGACAUGUACGAGGUGGGUGCCGAGUCCGGCAAAUACUACUCGGUGAAUGUACCCCUCAAGGAGGGCAUCGACGACGAGAUGUACUUCGGCAUCUUCAAGUCAGUCAUUACGGAAGUGGUGCAGUUCUACCGCCCCACCGCGAUAGUGCUGCAAUGCGGUGCCGACUCGCUGGGUUGCGACCGCCUUGGCGUCUUCAAUCUCUCCAUCCGUGGUCAUGGGCGUUGUGUGCGGUGUGUGCGCGCCCUGGGCAUACCAACCCUCGUGGUGGGCGGUGGAGGCUACACGGUGCGCAAUGUGGCUCGUUGUUGGGCCUACGAGACUGCAGUGCUCCUGGAUCGCGAAGAGGACAUCUCCAAUGAGCUGCCCUACUCAGAGUACAUCGAGUACUUUGCUCCGGACUAUACUCUGCAUCCAGAUUUGAAUACGAAGAUGGAGAAUGCUAACACCAAGUCGUACGUCGACGCUCUGAAAUCGACUAUUCACGACAAUCUUAAGCAGUUAGUACACGCUCCCAGUGUCCAGUUCGUCGACAUUAAGGACAACUUUUUGGAGACCUUCGAGAUGGAAGGGGACAGUGAAGAGGAGGAGGAGGAGGAGUAA